AUGAAUCAACAAAUCUAUUAUAAAGAAAUAAUAGGAGUAUGUGUUGAUUCUAAAGAACAAAAAAUAAAAACAUCAAAUAAUUUAAUAAAAAAUAAUUCAACUAUUUUUAUUUAUCUUAUACAAAUGAUAAAUUCAUUAUUAGAAAAUACAUCGUUACAUUCUUCAUUAACAAUUUUCAACUAUUAUGCCAUGUAUUGUACAAAUAUGUUUAUGUACAUUACAUUUAACACUUGUUACUUAUUAUGA